AUGGCUAGACUUUUUACUAUCACGUCGUUGCUAUUCCUUUUCCUCUGUACAAUUCCUCUUGUUACAGCACAGUCAAGUAGCUGCAGUGGCCCGCAGAACGCUUGUAAAAAGGUAAACGACUCGCUUGUUCCCUGUGAUGGAUAUUUUUCACCGCCGCCAAGCUAUGCGUUAAACGGAACCUAUGGUGUGAGGCCUGGACUAGCAGCUUGUCAGUGCAAUAUAGACUAUUACAAUACACUCACUGCAUGUGUAGAGUGUUAUAGUAAUGGAAACAAUGAUAUCAGCGUUGAUCCCUUGUCAAUUUACAAGUAUGAUUGUCAAGCGUACGGAUAUGCCUUUUCUGAUAACUCUCAAACUUCUACAAAAUCUAAGAGCAAUAACACCCGCAAGGUCGCCAUCUGUGUUGCUGUGGGCUUAGUCGUCAUAAUUAUUGUUGCGGUAGUGUCUUGGAGAGUAUAUAAGAAAAAAAGGAACAAGAAAAGAGCGCAAACGGUUGCACACGAUAUUGCGACCGAAGGAUCAAACGGAAAUAGUGGUGCAGCGAACGGUACAAAUAUGGCUCAGACCAAUGUCAAUGCCGCUGCCUUUAUUGUCCCUCCUGACCCUAUUGGCACCCCACCACCGCCAUAUAGCAUUCAAAAGCAAACUGCCGUCCCUCCCACUCAACGGCAACCGGCAUUCAGACUCGCUCCUUCGGUUUACGAUCCAUAUUUGGCGAACGGACCCCGAUAUUCAACAGUGGAUUCUCUAAAUGGAAUUGAAGGAUCAGCAUAUUCACCGCAUAAUUCUUGGAAUGUCCCGUCUGUCUAUUCGUCCGAUUCUCAAGUGCCUUUAGGAAUGCCAGCAUAUUCGCCACAUGAUUCUCUACGUUCUUGGAAUGGAACGUCUGGCUAUUCGACGUCCAAUUAUCAAAUGCCUACACACGGAAUGCCGGUCUACACAACGUCCGAUCCAAAUUCCAUGCUUGGAGCGCCGACGCGCGAAUAUCCGCAACAGUAG